GGACUCCAUUUUGCAAUUCCUCACUUCUCCGUGACGGUUAAAUGUCCAGCCCCUCUGUUUCCCUCACAGAACCAAUCGCACCCUGGUGCAUUCAUUGAGCGGUGAUGAUUACCAUCCAAUAGGGACACCCACACUGCCUUCCUACCCUGGAGCGGCUCACACGUCCACCGUGACAGCUGCCUGGAGUCUGUCUCCCCAGGCCUUUUGACACAUCCGUCGCCCCUCUUCAGACUUGCACCACAAACACCUCACUUUCUCAUUAACAACAUAAUCCACCAUCCCAGUUCCGGCUCACCACCUCCACAAGUCUGCUCACAGUUCUCCUCAGCGUCAAUCCACCACUGCCCAACAUGAAUCGGCCCAUUCCUGGAGAGUUGGAAUGUCCACUAUGCGUGUUUCGAGGCCACGUGUGUGAUAGACCUCCUGAUGGGCCUUGCCGCGAAUGCAGGAGUAACACCAUUUACCAUAUCAACGGCACUCAGCAGGCCAUUCGGCAUGCCGACCCCCUUGACCUUGCGGGUAAGUUCCUGGGUAUUUCAGAGUAUCUAUCAUCAAGGAUGCUGAUGCAAAAGCUAGCUGCUCGCUUUGAGAUACAUAAGAGAAGAGUACCCGGCUCUUUGAUCAGCCUCAGUGCUCGAGGAGUCAACACGAACAAUCUGAACGUCUAUAUAAAAUCGUCUACCGGACGCCGCCAUGAUUUCUCCCGACCAGUGAUCAUUUCUGGAGACUUCACUACACACAAUCUAGGAGUUAGGAAACUACUCGAUACUGAGAUUCGCCAUUCCUUGUCGGCCAAUAUAAAGGCCACGGUAGUCAAUGUAUCGAUCAUUGCCAAAGCCUGUACGGCAUGUGGAUAUGCUGCGUUUCUCUGUUCCAUAACCAAAGUGACUGAGACAAGUUACACAGCCAUGAAUGGACUCGAGGUAGCGAAUAGCUACCAGCACGACAACUCGAACGCUUUGUUGAGAGACUUCAUUGUCUGUCGACUUCGAGAGCUAAUCGACCAAGUCAUGAAGGCUGCACGCACGAUUCACACCAAUCAAAACCAGCAGGAAUGUUUGAACGCGUAUGUAGCUAGCGCGAUUCUCCACUACAAACUCAAAUACAUCAAAGAGAACCUCGAGGAUGGUCACCUCCGCACUCUGUUACCAAGAACUCUGAAGAGAAUUCUAGUACACUGGUUUGGGUCAUUGGGAACCGAACUUUUGCAACGCCUGCGAGAAGGCUGCGGGAGAUAUGAGUAUUGGAGAUAUACCAUCCACGGCUCCUUGGACAGCCUUCGUCGACACGGCGAAACGUAUGAAGUGCACCUCUGGCUGCAACGAAACAAAUGGACAACGGACACUGGCCCUGCUGUCUUCUCUCCUCCGAUUCCUACUCUUCCACCCACCCCCGAAGAUGCUCCCGAGACUUCGGAUGCUACUUCCCAUAUAGCCGCCGCGAUGACUCCGCUCGUCGUCGCUGGCGCUGAUGGACGAUUGUCAUGCGUCGACCCCAGUCCGCGGUACUACAACACCGCAACUGGGCAAACCGACCCCACGACAUCACCACUGGACACUCGAUAUGACCCGGACUACGGUCACUAUUCGGGACAGUACCCUUUCUGACGAGACUCUAAACUGAGUCGCCCAUUCGGUGACCCGUGUCAUCGUUUGGUAUUUCCUUACUCUUAUGUCGUUAAUUUUUGACCUCUUGGAUUUGCUUUCUACCUCGUGCAACAGCUUUUAUUUCCUUACCUGUUUUAACAACGGGAUUCCUGGCGCGUAUAUAACUCUAUAGAGAAUACAACAUUCCACCAACUUGCUCC